AAGGCUAAGAAACAAUGCUUAUCUGUUUACUUUUCAAAUUUCAAGGUAUCCCUGACUUCCGGACUCCUGGCACAGGGCUCUACAGCAAUCUGGAGAAAUACAAUCUUCCCUUCCCAGAAGCCAUCUUCGAUAUUGAAUACUUCCGCAACAACCCCAAGCCCUUCUUUGUCCUGGCAAAGGAGCUUUAUCCAGGGUCCUUUGCCCCCACCCCGUCCCACUGGUUCAUCCGAUUGCUCCACGACAAAGGCUUGCUUCUAAGGCAUUACACCCAGAAUAUUGAUACCCUGGAGCACGUAGCUGGACUUCCUGCUGACAAAGUAGUAGAGGCACAUGGCACGUUCAGGACCUCCCACUGUCUCAACUGCCGGAAGGAGUACAGUCAGGAGUGGGUCAAAGAGGAAAUCUUCAAGGACAACAUUCCAACAUGCACUGAAUGUAGCGGUCUUGUGAAGCCUGACAUCAUCUUUUUCCGAGAGAGUCUUCCUGUCCGGUUCUUCCAGCUCAUGCAGUCAGACUUCCCUAAAUGUGACCUGCUGAUUAUCCUUGGAACUUCCUUAACUGUUCAGCCAUUUGCAUCUCUUGUUGACAAUGUUCCUGCCAUGUGUCCACGUCUCCUUAUCAACCGGGAAAAAGCAGGGACAGUGGAUCCAAUGAUGGCAAUGUUGCAAGGCAUGUUUGGCAGUGCAGGACUCGCUCUUGAUUCACCCAACAAUAUUCGAGAUGUUGCUCUGCUUGGUGACUGUGAUGAAGGCUGUGUGAAAAUGGCAGAGUACUUAGGAUGGAAGGAUGACAUGCAAGCCUUAUUAGAGUCUACAAAGAAAUAAAAGAAAAAAACAUCACAAAGUGUCAUAGAAUAGUUCAGGAGUUACAUGUUUCCAAGAGGAACUUCACAUCUAAGUUGUAUAGUCAUCUGAAAUUAUUCAUUAAGUCAUGAAGAGUUGUUGAAGAAGGUUACAUCAGCUGAUUAACUCACAUGUGAUAUAUAUUUUUAGACAACCAUUUUGUAUGGGCAUUAUUCAAGGCAUUUUAAUUGUUUGCUACUUAUUGUAACCCCCAAAAAAGUAAGGUAAUGGUGCUGAGAGUGACAAGGGUGUGGUUGUUACGCUGAAGUUUGUAAGCGGCUGAGUAGUUUAAUUUAUUGCACGUAUUGAGUUUCGUGUGUUAAAACUUCUGCAUAACAGAAAAAAAAAAAUUCCUGAUAACAUUCUUUCCAAAGAAUUUGUUUGCACGUAAUGGGAAAAGCAUUUAAUAUAUGAGAAUAUACUUUGUGUCCCAAAGGUUGUAGAUUUUUCAAGAAUUCAUUUUUACAAGAAAAUAUUUGAUGGUGAUAUUUAAGUACUUAUACGUGCAGAGCCUGUUUUCUAAACAUUGUCCUUUUAUGAUUGGUGAAAGUGCAAAGAGUUACAAGUAAUUUUGUGGCAACAUGAUGAAAGAAUGAAUUUGCAUCAGUUUGUGUUACAGUGCAAAGAAGUAUUCUAGCGAUUUAAGUUGGAGAAAUAUUUUCUAACUUAUCAUCUGAGGCAUAGAUAAGUAUAGUCUAGAUAAUCAGCUGGUAUGAGAGCAAUGAAGAAGACAUUAGUUUUAGAACUUUGGGAAAGCCCAACAUGGUAGAGUAAAGGUUGUAUAAACUGAAGCCUGUAAAUUUAAGGAAAAAGGAAGAGACAAUUAGUGGGAUCAAGGUUAGAUGUUACCCUUCCGUUUACAUUGACAUUUUUUACUUGAGCACGUAAGUAUAUGAAAUGAAUGUUAUUGUUGUUGUUAUUAUUAUUAUUAUUGCUAUUUUUAUUUUUAUUAUUAUAUUUGCUACUAUUUAGUUAAACUGUUAUCACUGUUAUUGUUUGUAUUAGAUAUUGUUAUUGCUGUUUUUAUUUUUAUUACUUAUUAAUACAUUAUCACUGUCAAUAUUACUUAAUUAUUAUUGGUGUUAUUGUUUAAUUUUUUCUAUCACUGUUUUUGUUGCUCUUUAUCAGUGAUGGAUGGAAAGGGUCUUUUUUUUCUAUAAGAUAAGCAUUUUUUAAAGUUGUGAAGCAAAGGUUGGUGGUCCAAAUGUAUAAAAAAUCACUGUUUGAGGAAGAUGGAUUUAUCCAGGACAAAACUGUUUAUUUUUAUUGUAUCAGUAUUAUUAUUAAUUUGAAAUUACAGUAUUAGAAUUCCAUGAGUGUUGAAUGUAGGUUCUGCAAGAGAAAUUUUACAAAAUCACCGAAUAUAAUUUUAGGUUCUAAAGGUACUGAAAAGAAACAUUACUUAUGUGUUUUUCACUGUAUGAACAAUAGUUAUUUUGGGUUGCAGAAUUCAGAGAUAUUGUGCUUGGAAGUUAUUAAGGUUUUGAUGCAAUGCACUUUUAAUGGUUCUUUUGAACAGCCCAUAGGUGGUUAUUACAUAGUUCAUGUAUACUCCCAUGUAUGUUACAAUUUGUAACAUAAGAUUGCAAUAAGUAUAGUAGAGAUUGUUCAUAAGUGAAAAAUAAGUACACAUUAUACAAGGGAACUAAAUGGAAGUGUACUUUUAAAGAAAUUACUUAAUUUUGCAGCUUUACAAGCAGCAAAGACUUUUUGUUGCUAAUUAUGUCUUUGCUCUUUUUCUUUUCUUUUUUUUUUCUUUUUACAUUAGCAUUAAGCAUUUACCCCAGUUUUCAUUUCGUUGUGCUUCUAUUGCCAGAUUUUUUUUUUCCUUUUUUUCAUGCUUUUUGGUGUCUUUUUAUGGGGCAUUUGCAAAGACUCAGCUUCUGACUUGCUUAUGUUUAAGUAAUUCUGUAUUAUGUACUGUUUGCUGUUUUGUAUUUAAUACCUUUUGUAAUAUUGGGGUUAGGAGUGAAUGAUCAGAUGUUCACCAUGUUUAUUUGUGGUCAUUUUCACAGAAAUUGCAUCAGCAUCGUAUUCUUACAGGAAAUUCCAACAGCAUAUAUGAUUAUGUAAAGGAUAUGUGGUGAUGAUGUGCACUAGACACAGUGUGUUUCCAUUCCUUUUUUUUUUUUUUUUUAUUCUAGCAUUGAUAGGGGUUCGUAAUGACAAAUUUCAGAAUAGCUAAUGUGUAUACUCAAUUCUUGGAUUAAAUUGAAGGGUGUUUAUGGGGGAGGGGGUGAUAAUUUGUCAUGUGUGAUCAGUAUUCAUGCAGAGUGAAUACAUCGGAUGUAAGUGGUAUAUAUAUUAUAGUGAAUUGUGUUUGGAAUUGUCAAGUCACUCUUAGGCAUUAAGAAAGACAUAUUGAAGAGCAAAUACUGUGAUUACAUCUUGCAUUUGUGCAUUGUUAUAAAUAUUUAUUGGAGUCCAGUGAUAGAAGAUGUUAUGGUAUCAUCUGAAGUUUAAUCUUUAAGGUAAGUACAAGUAUUAUGUAAUACAAAAGUAAUAUUAGAAAGAAGAUUAAAAGAAUUAUAAACACAGGUAUUUUGAAUAAUAUGGAAGCCAGACAGAUAGAAACAAUAAGAUCUUAUAUGUGCUUUGCAGUGUCAUUAUAAGAAAUUUUGCCUUUUGUUAGUUGUGCAAGUGCUUACUUACUAAAACAAUUUAGCUAUUGUGUUCAUUUAUUAUUAUUGUUGUUAUUAUUAUUAUUAUUAUUAUUAUUAUUAUUAUUAUUAUUAUUAUUAUUAUUAUUAUUAUUAUUAUUAUUAAUCAUCAUUAUCAUUAUUAUUAUUACUACUACAACUCUUAAUAUAAUUAUUUUUUCUUUUGCAUUAUAAAACAAUUCAUUGUUUACAUGUAUCCAUAACUUGGUAUUAUUUAUCUGUGAUGCUUAUAUAACAAUUGUAUUGUAUGUUGCCUAACAGGAUUUUCUUUAAA